ACUGUAGCUCCGUGGCAGCAGAGUCUUCCGGAGAAGGAUCGAUUUCUUCUUUUCCCAGUGUCUGCUUCACAACAAACUGCUAAGAGGGAAGUGAAACCGCUGACUGUGUUUGGGGCGUGCACAUCCUGGUCCACCAUGGGGGAGCUGUUGAGGAGCGAGGAGAUGACGCUGGCUCAGCUGUUCCUUCAGUCGGAGGCGGCCUACUGCUGCGUCAGUGAACUGGGAGAGAUCGGGAUGGUCCAGUUUAGAGAUUUAAAUCCAGAUGUGAACGUUUUCCAGCGAAAGUUCGUCAAUGAAGUGCGACGAUGUGAAGAAAUGGACCGUAAACUGAGAUUUGUGGAAAAAGAAAUUAAAAAAGCAAACAUCGAUAUUGUGGACACAGGAGAGAACCCAGAAGUCCCAUUCCCAAGAGACAUGAUUGAUCUGGAGGCCACAUUUGAGAAGCUGGAGAAUGAGCUGAAGGAGAUUAACACAAACCAGGAAGCUCUGAAGAAGAACUUUCUGGAGCUGACGGAACUCAAACACAUCCUGAGACGCACACAGCAGUUUUUUGACGAGAUGGAGGAUCCCAGUUUACUUGAAGAGUCGUCCAUUCUCUUGGAGCCCAGCGAAGUGAACCGAGCCCCUCUCAGACUGGGAUUUGUAGCUGGCGUCAUCGGGCGAGAGCGUAUUCCCACAUUUGAGAGGAUGCUGUGGAGAGUUUGUCGAGGAAAUGUGUUUUUGAGGCAGGCGGAAAUCGAAGACCCUCUGGAGGACCCCACAACAAGCGACCAGGUCCACAAGUCGGUUUUCAUCAUCUUCUUUCAGGGAGACCAGCUGAAAAACAGGGUCAAGAAAAUCUGUGAAGGGUUCAGAGCAACACUGUACCCAUGUCCAGAAACCCCUCAGGAGAGGAAGGAGAUGCUGGCCGGAGUGAACGCUCGCAUCGACGACCUUCAAAUGGUGUUGAACCAAACAGAGGACCACAGACAGCGCGUCCUCCAGGCUGCCGCAAAAACUGUCCGUGUGUGGUUCAUUAAAGUGAGGAAGAUGAAGGCCAUUUACCACACACUGAACCUGUGCAACAUCGAUGUGACUCAAAAGUGUCUCAUCGCUGAAGUGUGGUGCCCUGUGUGUGAUCUGGACUCUAUACAGUUCGCUCUGCGUAGAGGCACGGAGAAAAGUGGCUCCACAGUGCCCUCCAUCUUGAAUCGGAUGCAAACCAAGCAGACUCCGCCCACUUACAACAAAACAAACAAGUUCACGUCGGGCUUUCAGAAUAUUGUGGAUGCGUACGGGAUCGGCAGCUACAGGGAGAUUAACCCAGCUCCAUACACCAUCAUCACAUUCCCGUUUCUGUUCGCCGUCAUGUUCGGAGAUCUGGGUCACGGUAUUCUCAUGACAUGUGCUGCUCUGUAUCUGGUGCUGAGGGAGACCAGGCUCAUAGCACAGAAGAACGAUAAUGAGAUGUUCAGCAUGGUGUUUGCGGGCAGAUACAUUAUCCUCCUCAUGGGAAUCUUCUCCAUCUACACUGGCAUCAUUUACAACGACUGCUUCUCCAAAUCCAUAAACUUGUUCGGAUCGGGCUGGAGCGUACGGCCCAUGUUUGACCCCAAAGUCGGAGGAAACUGGACGUUUGACAUGUUGAAUGGCAGCAGGAUUUUGCAGUUGGACCCUGCUGUAGAUGGAGUUUUCAAAGGACCUUACCCCAUUGGGAUCGAUCCUAUCUGGAACAUUGCCUCAAACAAACUGACGUUCCUCAACUCUUUUAAAAUGAAGAUGUCUGUCAUCCUGGGGGUCAUCCACAUGCUGUUUGGAGUCACACUCAGCCUUUUCAACCACCUGUAUUUCCAGAAGCCCAUAAACAUCUACUUGGGUUUCAUCCCUGAGAUCGUGUUCAUGGCCUGUCUGUUUGGAUACCUGGUCAUUAUCAUCUUCUAUAAGUGGGUCUCAUACAACGCUCGUACAUCCCGGGAAGCGCCCAGCCUCCUCAUCGCUUUCAUCAAUAUGUUUCUGUUCCAAUACCGUGAUCCCACCGUCAAACGACUCUACACUGGACAGCCUGUGCUGCAGUCAUUCCUGGUGAUCAUAGCGUUGGCGUGUGUUCCCUGUAUGUUAAUAGUGAAAACUCUGGUUCUACGGAGACAGCAUAUGUGGCGCAAACACCUGGGCACUCAAAACUUCGGAGGUGUCAGAGUGGGCAACGGUCCAACGGAGGACGAGGCGGAGAUCAUUCAACACGACCAGCUCGCUCAGCAGUCCGAAGACGAACCAGAGCAAUCCCUUUUGUCGCCUGCUUUCAAGGCCCGCGAAGAGGAAGAGUUUAACUUUGCUGACGAGGCCGUGCAUCAGGCCAUUCACACCAUAGAGUAUUGUCUGGGCUGCAUUUCCAACACUGCGUCCUACCUGAGGCUUUGGGCGCUCAGCCUCGCCCAUGCACAGCUGUCGGAGGUGCUGUGGUCCAUGGUGAUGAGGAUCGGUCUCGCCCGCAGAAGUCUGGGAGGUUUUUUUCUUCUUUCCAUCACUUUCUUUUUCUUCUCUAUUCUCACUGUGGCCAUUCUGCUCAUCAUGGAGGGGCUGUCCGCUUUCCUGCACGCGCUCAGACUGCACUGGGUGGAGUUUCAGAACAAGUUUUAUUCUGGACAAGGUUUCAAGUUCCUCCCGUUCACUUUUGAAAGCAUCCUCGAAGGAAGAUCAGAAGAAUAAUCAUCACAAUCAUGUCAAAAAACUUGAUUUCAAAUUCUUGUUCUUGUUUAUAAAUCUUUAGUCUACACAAACACUCACUGAAGUAUUGCAGUUUCCCUGUUAAAACUUCAACAGCGUCAUGUCCUGUUUGUGUGUUGUGAAGUGUUUUACACGUUUUAUUUUGUUAUUUAUUCUCAUUUCCUUUAUAAAAUAUUGUCUCUUUGUGUUCCCCUGUAACUUUAGCAGCUAACACAAUAUUUGCUGGCAUGAAUUAAAUUAAAGCGCACUCUGUAACUUUUCUAAUAGAGCGACUCACCAUGGAGCAGGUAACGCCCCCAGGUAAAGUUACAGCUCAGAUCUAUGGAAAGGUGUCCCUGUUCACAGUAGUUUUUCAACUUAUUUUCUGAGCAUUCAAAACAUCCGUAAGUGAAUGAAUGCCAAAUUGAUUACUUUAAUGCCAUAUUUUGAAACAUUCUAGGCAAAGCGAUGUCAUCUCGAUGGGAAUGAGCAGGUGGCAUUCUCUCAUCCAGAAAAGUUGCAUAGUGCAGCUUUAAAUCCUUCAAUUUUUUCCCAGAAAAUCACUUAUAUAUUCAUAUUUUUUACACAAUACUGCAUUACAAAUACAUUAAUAAAUGAGCUAUAGUCCAAAGGGAAAUAUGGUAGUCAACUUGAAUCAAACUGACCUUCACAUUGUAGUCAUUUCCAUGUUACUGUAACUUUAUUCAUUUACAUUGUGGUAAAAAUAUAUGUUGAGUUAAAAGAUCUUGUCAUAUGUAGAAGGGAGCAGCACUGAAAUUCACCCAAUAUUAAUGUUUGUGCAUUUGUCAUUGUCAAUAAAGUGAAAAAAUAUGGUUUAAAA